AUCCCAAAUAAUGCACCGCGCAGGAGAAGGCAGCACGGCAGCAGACUAGCAGGCCGCAAUAGAGUCCGCACUCCGGCGUUCCGUUUAGGCGAAACCCCAAAUCCCGACCUAAGCUCAGCACUUGGACAGUUGGACGGCGCAAGGCGGUUUAACAGCUGGACUGUUUCACUGCUUAGUUUCUGGCUUUCUGCAAUUCUGCUCUUCGGCGGUAAACUGGGACUCUGGAGCUGCGGCUUGUGGAACUACCUAACGGACUUACCUGCAGUGUUGAAGAUAGAGAUCUCCUAAGCUUUGGAUUUUCCUCUUCCAAUGACCACAUCUUAUCUAGCUAAUCUGGAGUUAACUGGGUGUAGUAUGAAAACAACCAUCUCAUGCCAAAAAUUACAUACUUGGGGCUCUAAUUUAUGUGUACAUAAAUCUCCAUGCUCUUUAGUUGCUGGUUCACAAACAUCUCUAAAGCACCAUCCUCAAAGCAAGAUGAAAACCAACAUCAUGUCCACAACUCCCGAUAGAAGCAGCCACAUUAGCAGUACAGAGAAUAAGGUUAGCAGUCUUACAUAUAAAGAUGCUGGAGUUGACAUUGAUGCAGGCUCAGAACUUGUCAGGAGGAUUGCCAAAAUGGCACCUGGAAUUGGCGGUUUUGGAGGCCUUUUUCCUUUAGGUGAUUCCUACCUUGUGGCUGGUACUGAUGGAGUGGGAACGAAAUUAAAACUUGCUUUUGAAACUGGAGUCCAUGACACUAUAGGAAUUGAUCUGGUUGCAAUGAGUGUUAAUGAUAUUGUCACAUCUGGAGCUAAACCUUUAUUUUUUCUUGAUUACUUCGCAACAAGUCGCCUUGAUGUUAAUAUGGCAGAAAAGGUGAUAAAAGGUAUUGUAGAUGGUUGCAAGCAGUCUGAUUGUGCCCUUUUGGGGGGAGAGACCGCAGAAAUGCCAGAUUUCUAUGCAAAUGGGGAGUAUGACCUUAGUGGUUUUGCAGUUGGUAUUGUGAAAAAGAAUGAUGUUAUUGAUGGGAGGAAUAUUGUUACUGGAGAUGUCCUCAUUGGUCUUCCAUCUAGUGGAGUUCAUUCAAAUGGAUUUUCCCUUGUCAGAAGAGUGCUCAAGCAAAGUGACCUUUCUUUGAACGACCAACUUCCCGGCAGCUCUACUACAUUAGGUGAAGCUUUAAUGGCCCCAACUGUCAUUUAUGUUAAGCAGGUACUUGAGAUUAUCAAUAAAGGCGGAGUUAAAGGGAUAGCUCACAUCACAGGAGGUGGUUUUACAGAUAAUAUACCUCGUAUAUUUCCUAAAGGUUUGGGAGCUGUUAUCUAUAAUGAUUCCUGGGUAGUUCCUCCUGUAUUCAAAUGGAUUCAAGAGGUGGGUAAAAUUGAAGAUGCUGAAAUGAGGAGGACUUUUAACAUGGGAAUCGGGAUGGUCCUGGUUGUGACCCCAGACAUGGCUCUUAAAAUUUUAGAGGAUGACUCAUGCAAUGCUUUCCGUAUUGGUGAGGUAGUUGAAGAAGAUGGAGUAAGAUACCAUUAACACUAGAAGCAAGAGCAUUCUGUAUCAGUAUAAGAUAUGUUUUUCUCACAUUCUUCAUCUCAGGGCUCUGGAAAAUUACUGAGCAGUGGAAUGUGAUGUAACCUGCUUAAUGAUUUUGUAGAAAUAAAAUAGGCCAAACACUAGGGGUUAUGUAGACUAUUGUGAAGUUGGCCAUCUCAGUUUUACUAUUUUAUAUUGAAGUUGGUUGUCAUUUUGUACUAUUAAAGCUGUCAAUUUAGCUCAAGAACUCUUUUUAACGGAGAUCCCUUUGGUUCUGC